AUGUCAUUGGAAGAGCAGAUAGAAAAACUUGAUCAAGAGAUAACGUUAAAUUUACAAAAGAUCGAUUCAAAUUUCAGUUAUUGUUUCAAGAAAAUAACGCAAAAUAUAAUACCACACAUUAGAAACUAUUCUAAUAUUUGUGAUGAUAUUAUAGAUAGUACGUAUUGUCUGACGAGUAUUUUCCAGAAGACUAGCGAUAUAAGUAUUGUAGAGAAGGGGAAACCGACAGAUAGUAUAUUUCCCGAUGAAACAACACAAGAUUUCAAUGUAACGUCCACGGGACAAAUAUUGAAGGUUCCGGAUUCAAGUGAUGAAGAAACGCAUAACAACAGUACUAUACAAAGACAAAGUCGUAAGAGGAAAGUCUCGCUGUUGUUGCAACAGGAGUAUGGGUCGAGUUCAAGCGCAAUGCCAUCUCCCGUACAAUUGAAAGUUACGAAUGGGAAUAUCAAGACGGACGGUAUCAAUAGCUCUCCUUUAAAAGAACAUAUGUAA